AUGUCUGACGAAGGCAAUACGUCCAUAAUCACAGCCGGAAGACAGGGGACAUUGGUCAGUGGUGGCGGUGAACAAUAUGAAAUUGAACGUAUUGUUGAUAAACGUUUUCGUAAUGGACGACUAGAAUAUUUAAUUAAAUGGAGAGAUUAUCCUGAAUCACAGAAUACAUGGGAACCAGCUUCAAACAUUGAACCAGAUGAAGAAAGAGAAUUAUUAUCAGAAUAUGAAGCAACAACAAAACCAACUGGAUCAUUAAAACCAUCACCUAGUCAAAAAUUUCCACCCUAUGGAUCUGUCAAAGAUUUUCGUUUAAAACGUAAAAAUGAUGAUGUACUUGGCGGCAAGAAAAUUGUUGGUGAAAAACCAAGUGGAUUCGAUCGCGGCUAUGAACCAGAGAAAAUUUUGGGUGCAACUGAUAGUACCGGUGAAUUAAUGCUUUUAGUAAAAUGGCGUGGCUCUGAUGAAGCUGAUUUAGUUCCAUCUAGGAUAGCUAAUGUAAAAUGUCCAGAUUUAGUAAUAGAAUUUUAUGAACAACAUUCAUUUUGGAUUAAAUUACCAAGAAAAAUGCAGACACGAUAA